AUGUGGCACACCAGUCUAGGGGUACAGCUGGACGAUUCUUCUUCGGUACGCGAGGAGGCAUACCGAAGUAUCGUGGACUUCCAGUGGGCGAUACUAGCUUCCCAAGACGACGCAAACCAAACGCAGCAGUCGUCGUCACUCGCCGGACAAACCAGUGAGAGUGAUUCGUUGACGCCGCUCUCACGGUCUCCGUUCUUGGUGUGCGGUGACCGUCAUCCAGACGCGGUCCUUGCCGUAGAGAGCGUGGUUCAUCGUGCCCGAACUCAACUGGCAUACUCUCGAGGCGAUACGGUGUGCUUGCUGGCGGGGCUUCGCCUUGACGACGUUGACACCGUGCGGCGGUCCGAAACGGUUCACGUGGUUGAGCCUUUGCCACAACCAGCGAAGCUUUCGCGAAGUCUCCACGCUAAGCUCGACGAACCUCCAAAAUCCCCGGUCGGUGUUGUAAACAACGAUAGUUUCUCCCCAUCAAAUAGAAAUUCCGGCGACGACGGUGAAACAAGAAAAAGAGUACUGCCCGUGGCAGCGACAGAGAGAGCAGGUGGCGUGCCAUCACCUGCGACUCAACAAACAGAAUCAGGGGAAACAGUAAUCAGCGAUAACGAUGGUCAGCAGGGGCAGCAGCAGCGGCGUGUCCGAUUUAACCACGGCGAAGGACUCCCUAGCGAUCUCGAUGUCUCCCUUACGCCUGACGAAGACGAGGGAGCUGUACGGGAAGGUGCAGGAGAUUCGGACGGGAAAGAAAGGCGGGGCUUGAACGUUGACGAAGCACCGACAAGUCAGACACGUCUGCAUCGCGCUCAGAAUACUCUGAUUGGGUCUCACGGCUUGACAGAUCUAGGAAGCUUAUGGGAACAAACCGUCGACCAAAGCAGCAAGGACGGAGCUUGCGACUUUCGCCGUCUUGGUGCAUCGUCGGCCCCAGAGGAGAGCUCUAACGCAGGAUCCAACACCAGAGACUACAAAGGACAUGCCGGUCCGCACGGAACAACACGACGCCGCCGGGACAGGAGGCCAGGCCCAUCACAGAAAGACCCCGUCGGCAAGAAGAGAAGUGGGGGGGGAGUCAACGACAGAGUAGUCCUGCGAGGCGCGGAUUCACUCGGGAACACGCCUGAGGACAACGCCCACUGCCUGCUGACCGUCCUAGCGUACCUCGUGACGCGACCCGAGGUGUCCUACGUGGAUGACCUGCCGCAGGUGUUCGAGCUUAACGUGGAGGCCGCCUGGAUUACGCAGAGCGGAGAGGAGACUGCGUACUCGAUGUGGAACGAGGGAAUCGACGGAAGUACCGAGAUAAUUGCUAUGGCGGACUCGGGCCUAGACGUCAAUUCGUGCUUCUUCACUGAGGACCACACCGACGACAACAUCGACUGUUCCUCCUGGUCGAACCCCGUCUUCGACCUCACUAAACGCAAGUUGCACGAGGCGACGGAGCUCGAUAGCAGCGACGUCAUCUUCUGCGUGUCAAGCGUGUGA